GCUAAUUUUCAGCCCCGCGGGAGCCCGCCGCGCAUGCUCCAAUUCACCAGUUUCGGGUCCACUUUCUGGGGCACUUUGCGCAGGUGCGAGAACGAGACGCAGAAGUUUGGCCCUAGGCGUUGCCGUACCGUCCGGGCGGCGAGUGGCGUCCUGGUUUUAUUGGGUGUUCGUCCCGGUGUCAACUGUUCUAACGCCACCUUUGCUAUCGCCAAUAUGAACCCGGAGAGUUUCGCGGCCGGUGAGAGGCUGGUGUCGCCGGCCUACGUGCGGCAGGGCUGUGAGGCCCGCCGCACGCACGAGNNNNAAUUAUGUGUUUUUUGUUUUAAGGGCAAAUGUCCAGAGGAUGGUUGGGAUGAAAGUACACUUGAACUCUUUCUACAUGAACUGGCGAUCAUGGACAGCAACAAUUUCCUGGGCAACUGUGGUGUGGGAGAACGGGAAGGGAGAGUGGCUUCGGCUUUAGUUGCUCGGCGUCAUUACAGGUUCAUUCAUGGAAUUGGACGAUCAGGUGAUAUUUCUGCUGUGCAACCAAAAGCUGCAGGUUCUAGCCUUUUGAACAAAAUUGCCAAUUCUUUGGUCCUGGACAUCAUAAAGAUGGCUGGUGUCCAUACAGUGACCAAUUGCUUUGUAGUGCCUAUGGCAACUGGUAUGAGUCUAACUCUGUGUUUCUUGACAUUACGACACAAAAGACCAAAGGCAAAGUAUAUUAUAUGGCCACGAAUAGACCAGAAGUCCUGCUUUAAAUCCAUGAUCACUGCAGGUUUUGAGCCCGUGGUGAUAGAGAACGUUUUAGAAGGUGAUGAGCUGCGCACAGACCUGAAAGCAGUAGAAGCUAAAAUCCAGGAACUUGGGUCUGAUAAUGUGCUUUGUGUUCAUUCUACUACAUCCUGUUUUGCUCCAAGGGUACCUGACAGAUUAGAAGAACUGGCUGUGAUUUGUGCUUCUUACGGUGUUCCACAUAUUGUCAACAAUGCUUAUGGAUUGCAAUCUUCAAAGUGUAUGCACCUCAUUCAGCAGGGGGCUCGGGUUGGUAGAAUAGACGUUUUCGUUCAGAGCUUGGACAAAAAUUUUAUGGUUCCAGUAGGUGGCGCUAUAAUUGCUGGCUUUAAUGAUUCCUUCAUUCAGGAAAUCAGCAAGAUGUAUCCAGGAAGAGCUUCAGCUUCACCUUCUUUAGAUGUCCUUAUUACUUUAUUAUCACUUGGAUCAAAUGGCUAUAAGAAGCUAUUAAAAGAAAGAAAGGAAAUGUUUUCAUAUUUGUCUAUCCAACUGAAGAAGCUGGCCGAAGCCUACGAUGAAAGACUGCUGCAUACACCUCACAACCCCAUAUCUUUAGCUAUGACACUUAAGACACUAGAUGAGCACCGUGACAAAGCUGUCACUCAGCUUGGCUCAAUGCUUUUUACCAGACAGGUUUCUGGAGCCAGAGUUGUGCCUCUUGGGGCUGUGCAAACUGUGAGUGGCUACACUUUCCGAGGCUUCAUGUCACAUACAAAUGAUUAUCCUUGUGCCUACCUCAAUGCUGCGUCAGCCAUCGGAAUGAAGACACAGGAUGUGGACUUGUUCAUAAAGAGACUGGACAAGUGUUUCAAGAUAGUAAGAAAAGAACAAAAUAGAGAGAGUGAUGGAUCUGGAGUUGACAAUGACAAAACUGAAGAUGUGGUUAUUGAUGAAAUGGGUUUAAAACUAGAGAAUGUAUCUCUUGACAAGUUUGAGGAUUCUUCUUCAUGACAUGUGAAGGGUUUCUUUUUGAUAAUUUGAAAGAAAUGAUGAGGUGACAGCAUAAGCAAGCAGUUUAAAGACAAGUCUUGAAAUUUUUGAAUUGAGAAUGUCAUGGAGAAUGUUUGGUCAAGGAAUAGAAUAUGGCCUGAUUUAGCCAUUAAUGAUUGUUACAUUUUUUAUUCUUAGAUAGCCUCAAGCAUUAUGAUCCUUAAUGGAUUAUAACACACAAUUAGCAUUUUUCUAAUUGUGAAAAUAUUUGUCAGUUAAGCAUUAUGAGUCAGAUAAUUUUUACUAAUAUAAGAGCAGUAAAAUUACCAUAAUACUUUUUGAAAUGUGUAGACUGUUUCUUCCUAACUACUCUCUACCAUUCACAAAUUACUUUUGUUUCUGAUCACACAGAAUUUAGAAAGAUCUCUAACGCUACUAAUUUCUAGAUGUUUGUGGAUGUAUGCAAGUCACAGUGUGCCUGUAAAAUGGACACUUCCCAGAGAAGUGUAGUCAAGGGGUAAGCUUUAAUUUUCUCUCAACAGCAUUGGUUCUCAAUUGGGGAUGAGUUGCUUAUAUCCAAGCAAAUAUCUGGGACAUUUUUGCUUAUAUCUGGGAUAUUUUUGGUUGUUAUGACUGGUGGGAUGCUAUUGACAUCUAACAUCCUAUAGUGGACAAGACAACUUUCCAAAACAAAGAAUUAUCCAACUCCUAAUCUCAGUAGUGCUGAGGUUGAGAAACACUGCUCUAAAGUAAACUAACUCCUCAAGGGAAGAAUUUUCCAUAGCAACUUUAAUUAUUCAGUAAUGCUUCAAAGAAGAUAGCUCUAAAGUGUUAUCUGUCUAUAUGGUAUAGACUUCUGGGUAAUAACCAGCGUUACCAGUUCUAAAUAUGUAAUUAUAAAUUGUUUUAUAUGGCACUUGUGCAUCUUUCCAUUUGUGUAAAUGAAAACUUUAUUUCACUGUU